UUCUUGUUUGGGAGUCGCCGUUUAUUGGCCUAUGUCCGUUUGCUGGUCUCCGUUCUUUGCAAGUCGUGCCUGUGCUCUUCUUCGCUCUUCUUCUUCAGGUAGCUUGUCCGUUGCAAGUGGUGGUCGUGGUCUGUUCUCUCGUUGCUGGCGGUGUCCUCUGCUCCCGAUCUACUCUACUAAUAGCCACCUUUGUUCACCUAGCAUAGGGCAGAAGCAGGUUGCUCACAUUCCUCCUCAAUAAUGGCACUGCCACAGGCAACUCAAGGCAGAUGUGCAGUGGUAACCGGAGCAAACAAGGGAAUUGGGUUGGAGACAGUGAAGCAGUUGGCUUCAGGUGGGGUGAAGGUGGUGCUCACAGCAAGAGAUGAGAAGAAGGGUCUAGAAGCUUUGGAGACGCUGAGAGAGUCUGGUGUUGUUUCUUCAGAUCUUGUGCUUUUCCAUCAGCUUGAUGUUGCCGAUGCUGCAAGCGUGGCUUCUCUUGCUCAGUUCAUUAAAUCCCACUUCGGCAAACUUGAUAUUCUGGUGAAUAAUGCAGGAAUUCCUGGAGUCAUGUUUGGUGACACUUCUUUGAUAGCUCUGGCAAUCACUAAUGGAGAGGAACUACCUGAGGAUGAGAGGAAAAGGGCAAUGAGUGAACCAUAUGAAUUAGGGGAAGAAUGCUUGGAAAUAAAUUAUUUUGGUGCAAAAAGGACAACAGAAGCUCUUUUGCCCCUUCUCCAGUUAUCAGAUUCACCAACAAUUGUCAAUGUGGGAUCUUCCCUGGGAAAGCUAGAGAACUUAUCAAAUGAAUGGGCAAAAGGAGAGCUGAGUGAUGCAAGUAAGCUGACAGAAGAGAAAGUGAAUGAAGUAGUGAGAGAGUUUCUGAAAGACUUGAAAGAAGGGUCACAUGAGAGGAAAGGGUGGCCUAAGAUAAUCGCAGCUUACAAAGUUUCUAAAGCUGCUUUAAUUGGCUAUACAAGAAUUGUGGCAAACAAGUAUCCCAAUAUGUGCAUCAACUGCCUCUGCCCUGGCUUUGUGAAGACAGAUGUUAAUGUCAACACAGGCUUCUUAACUGUUGCCGAAGGUGCUUCCAGUGUUGUCAGAUUAGCGUUGUUGCCCCAUGGGAGUCCAUCAGGCCUCUUCUACUUUCGCACUCAAGUCUGUCCCUUUUAAUUGCAUAGUAUGAAGAUGAAUCUAUGUAAUAAGAAGAUAAGUGGGGGAUCUGUUAUAGGUACCCUAAUCAUAUAAUGUGGAAAGAGAUCAAGUUACCGGAAAUCGAAUCGAUCAAUAAGGUGAUUGAGGCAAAGAUUCAAAAGUCAGUGGUUUAAACUAAGGCUAACCCAAAAUCAGAGCGAUCAUAAAUAUUCAAAUAAAAAGCCAUUUAUCAACAAGUAUAUAGCACAUUUAUGCAUCAAUCGUACAUUACCCAUGAAAUAGGGUUAUUAAA